AGAAUGAAUACUUUUAUAACCGUACUCAUAGUUUCCGUUGCCUUUGCAAAUGCUGUACCCAGAUAUGGCGGCGGUAAAGGAGUAGGUGGAUCAAUCAGUGGGUCAAUUGAUGGAUCUAUUGGCGGAAAUAUUGGAGGUGGCUUUGGAAGUGGACUUUCUAGUUCUCUCAGUGGUGCUCUAAGCGGAAACUUAGGUGGUGGCAUCGGAAGUGGAAUUGGAGGCUUAGGUGUAUCUAAUUCUCUCAACGCUGCUCUAAGUGGGAAUUUGGGAGGUAGUCUAGGAGGUGGGCUUGGCGGUAGUAGACUAUCCAGUUCACUCAAUGCUGCUUUAAGUGGAAACUUGGCCGGAGGCAUCGGAGGUGGUCUUGGAAGCAGUGGAAUAUCUAAUUCUCUUGCUGGUGCUCUAAGUGGAAAUUUUGGAGGUAGUCUAGGAGGUGGGCUUGGCGGUAGUGGACUAUCCAGUUCACUCAAUGCUGCUUUAAGUGGAAACUUUGCCGGAGGCAUCGGAGGUGGUCUUGGAGGCAGUGGAAUCUCUAAUUCUCUUGCUGGUGCUCUAAGCGGUAAUUUGGGAGGUAGUCUAGGAGGUGGUCUCGGCGGUAGUGGACUAUCUAGUUCUCUCAACGCUGCUUUAAGUGGGAAUUUAGGAGGUAGUCUAGGAAGCGGUAUUGGCAGCAGUGGCAUUUCAGGUUCUCUGGCUGGUGCUCUUAGCGGAAAUGUGGGAGGUGGAAUUAGUGGUGUUGGUGCCGGCAGAUCUAUCUCCAUCAGCAUUAGUGCAUACCUUAGAUUGAUUUCUUACAUAUCUGCUCUUCAACAAACCAUCUCUGCCAAUACCUUAGCAGCAAGUUUGAGCGGUGGAAUCAGUGGUGGAAUCAGUGGAGGAAUCGGUGGUGGAGUAGGAGGUGGAUUCAUUGGUGGUGCUGGUUCUAACUUUGCUGGACAAUUUGACGGUGGAUUUGCUGGUUCUGUUGGCAGAUCUGGAUUCGGAACUGGAGUAGGAAGCAGCGGAUUCGCUGGACAAUUUGGAAGUGGAUUUAGUGCACAAAGUGGAAAUCUCGGAGGUAUUGGAGGAUCAGGCAGUUUGAGCGGAGGACAUUCCGGAGGAUUAAGUGGUGGAAUUUCUGGAGGACUAGGAAGUGGUAUUGGAGGUGGUGCAGGAGGAAUCAGCAGUGCUAGCCUUCAAGCUGCUCUUCAAGGAAGUGUAAGCAGUGGAUUCGGUGGCAGAUCUGUUGGAAAAGGAUCCGCAUACUAAAUAACAAAUGUAUAUUUGUUUGACGCCUGAAGUCGAUGAACGAAAUACUCCAUUUCUCUUUAAUUGUAU